AUGCGCAAGUGGAUCCGGCGCCUCCAUUUCGUCCAUCGCCAUGCCCCGCCCGCCCUCCAGACCGCCCUUGCCCUCCCUCCCACCGCACUCAUGAAGGACGGCUACGUCGUCUCCCCCUCCCACGUCUCCGACGGCGGCGGCCCCAAGGGCGCAUGCAGCUGGGAAAGCUCUGGCUGUCUGAGGACGCCCGAGCGCGGGUUCAACGGGUCCUUCGAUAUCGUCCACCCGGAUCCCGGCUCGUGGGUUGUCAACUUUGAUGAUGGUCCGCUGUCUCCGUCCGAGACCCUGUACAAGAUCCUCGAUGACUUCAACCUCAAGGCGACGCACUUCUGGAUCUUUGUACUCCAUAAGGAAGAUCAGCGAUAG